GAGAAAUACUAUGAGAAUUUGGAUCAAUUAAGACAUGAAUUGAACCAAUUUAUAAGUGCUGAACAUAGACAACAACUUAAUGGAUAUGAUAUAUUGGAAGUCAUAAAGCAAUUGGAUGACUUGAGGCAUGACAUCGACCGAUCCAAACACGACAACCAGACGUGUCAUAACUGUGUCUCUGCUCUAAACGCUGCGAAACUAAUCAUAAAAACUCCUGAUUUGUUGAAAUCUGCGGCCAAAACAAUAUGUAAGACUAGUGACGAAGUGGACCGGGUAUGUGUGGGCACACUGAAUGUGAUGGCAGAUCCUAUCGUAUAUAUCCUACAAAAUUCAAAGAUAACUGUCCCCGAAAUGUGUGCCAUUCUGUUAAAACCCGAUUGUAUGGCACACUUAGGAAAGGCUAUUACUCCUCAAGUGAACUGGGUGUUAGAUCUACCGAAACACAAACCUUUUAAUCCUGUGUCGGGAAGUGGUAGACAACAGAAGAUGUUGCACUUAACUGACGUCCAUUUGGACCUGUAUUACACUCCGGGAUCCAACUCCAUGUGCGACGAACCCAUGUGCUGUCGGUCCACAUCUUACGGCCACAACCACUCUGCGGGCUAUUGGUCUGAACCGGCAAAGGAUUGCGACACUCCUCUCAAUUUCAUCGGCGAAUCCAUAAAACAUAUGGCCGAAAGUCAUAAGGAUAUCGAUUUAGUGAUCUGGACGGGAGAUAAUGCACCCCAUGAUAGCUGGAACAGCUCUCAACAGGAGAACUUAGACCACAACAAAGCGAUGGCUGAUUUGGUUAAGAAAUCAUUUGACAACAAAAAUAUAUUCCCCUGUAUUGGCAAUCACGAGCCCCACCCCUUCAAUAUGUAUGUUCCCGAAGAAGUGUCCAUCAAAACAGACAAAUACUUAUCGCUGAGUUGGCUGUACGACACACUGGCAGAUGACUAUUGGUCGCAAUGGAUAAACACACCGACGGCUAAGAAAACAUUUAAAAAGGGUGGCUAUUAUUCAAAGCAAGUUACCGAUGGACUCAAGAUUGUUGUCUUGAAUAAUAAUGUCUGCAUUUCUCGCAACUAUUGGUUGGCCUACGAUCCCGUCGAUCCGGACGGUCAGCUCAAGUGGUUUAUAGAUGAGUUGGACAGCGCAGAGACCAAUGGAUUAUAUGUUAUGAUUAUAACUCACAUGCCUUUAAUGUAUUGCUACAUGUCCUGGGCAAAUAACUAUAUUAGAAUAACGGAAAGGUAUGAUCAUAUAAUUGUUGGCACAUAUCUGGGUCAUACACACAGCGAUGAGAUCGAGGUCUUAUACAACAAGAACACCACAACCAAUGAGACAUAUCCCAUAUCUCAUGCUUAUAUCGGAUCAAGUAUUGCCUCGUUUUCUUAUCUCAAUCCCGGGUAUAAAGUGUUCACUUUGGAUAGCACUGGACGGCCAUUAGAUUUUGAUAUCUAUUACACGAAUAUGACUGCAGACAACAUCGCGGGUAAAGAUGUGAUUCCCAAAUGGAGUUCUGAUAAAUCACUCAAAAGUAUCUAUGGUUUGGAUUCUUUAUCAACUGAUUCGUGGCAUAAAUUCUUAGAGAAUAUUCAGACGGACGAUCAACUUCUGAAGCUAUAUAUGGAUCAUUUGCACCGAUAUAGCUAUGAUUAUGAGAAGUAUUAUCUGAGAAAAGUCAAAUCUAUAAUCCUAUUUAUAAUUAUGUAA